GUCAUUCAAACGGCAAAGAUGCCCCCCAAAAGAAGCGCACCCAAGACGGCUGCAGAAUCAGCUACCACUACAGUGAAAGGCAAAAAGACAGCGGCUGCUACUACGGCGAAAGCAACGGCAAAGACCACGACUGUCAAGAACCCAACAGACAAGCAGAAAAUCCCAGCGAAGCCCAAGAAGACCCUCAGGAAACAGAAAGUAGAGAAGCCUGCGACAGCUUCCAAGAAAGGCAAAACCGGCGACGCCAUUGCAAGCAAUACGGCAGGAGCUGCACCCGAGAAACCCAGGAAGCGGAAGGCGGAAAUUGUCGACGAAGCGCCAGCCCGCGAACUCAAUAAGGCUCGUGUCGCCAAGCCCCGUGUCACAAAACCGAAGCCGAAGGUGGUUAUUAACCAUGCACCAACCACUCGACUGAAUGUCUAUGUUUGCGGCGAGGGUAGCUCAGGUGAACUAGGCCUAGGAUCUACCACCAACGCAAUUGAUGUGAAGCGGCCGCGUUUAAAUGCCAACUUGCCAGCGGACGGUGUCGGCGUUGUGCAGGUCGCUGCUGGAGGCAUGCAUUGCGUUGCGCUUACGUCUGAUAACAAGAUCCUUACAUGGGGCGUCAAUGAUCAAGGCGCGCUUGGCAGGGACACUACUUGGGACGGAGGUUACAAAGAAAUUAACGAAGACAGCAAUGAGUCUGACUCGGACUCCGAUUAUGACCUUGCUUUGAAUCCCUACGAAUCGAUCCCCACUGCUAUUCCUUCCGAAGCUUUCCCAGAAGGCACUAUCUUCGUUGAAGUUGCUGCCGGCGAUAGCUCGAGCUUUGCCCUUACGGAUGACGGCCAAGUCUAUGGUUGGGGCACAUUUAGAAGCAAUGAUGGCAUCCUAGGUUUUGAUGCCAACCAUAAAGUUCAGCUUACGCCUAGUCUGAUAUCAUCAUUGAAAAAGAUCAAGCAUAUGGCGUGUGGCGAUAACCAUGCUUUGGCACUUGACAAUAAAGGGGCUGUGUUUUCAUGGGGCUCGGGCCAGCAAAAUCAAUUGGGUCGUCGUAUCAUUGAGCGAAAUAGACUGAACGGCCUCCAGCCGCGCGAGUUUGGUCUGCCUAAGGACAUCGUGCAUAUCGGUUGUGGUGCCUUCCAUUCUUUUGCUAUCCAUCAGUCAGGAAAGGUUUACGCGUGGGGGUUGAACAGUUUCGGCGAAACGGGUAUCAGGGCCGGUGCCGGUGACGACGAAGCUGCUAUUGUUCACCCUACUGUUGUAGAUUCGUUGUCAGGAAAGAUUAUCACACAAAUCUGCGGAGGGGCUCAUCAUUCGCUUGCUAUUGCAAACGAUGGCGAGUGCCUUGUCUGGGGUCGAUUGGACGGUCACCAGACAGGUCUGAAAAUUGACAGUCUGCCCGACGAGGCAGUAAUUAAGGACGAGCGUGGGCGCGCUCGUAUCCUGAUAGAGCCCAAACCCGUCCCUGGAAUCAAGGUCAAUGCUGUUGCGGCUGGCUCUGACCAUUCAAUUGCUAUUGAUGUGGACGGUCGGCCCUGGUCUUGGGGCUUUUCCGCCACCUAUCAAACGGGCCAGGGUAUACAGGAUGACGUUGAAGUAGCUACUAUCAUCGAGAAUACUGCCGUUCGAGGAAAGAAGCUGAACUGGGCAGGCGCUGGUGGCCAAUUUUCCGUGUUUACGGAGCCUGCGGCACUAGCACAAGCUAUAAAAUAGGACAGGAAUCACGUGGUGCCAUUGCCACGGCUUGUUUCGUGACCUGGAUCAUCGUUGGAUCAUAUUGACGCCAACAUAUUCUUUGCUGUCAUGGCCUGUGAACAUGAUGUUUGUAUGUAUUGAAUUUGGAAUUUCUUAUAUUUCAAAUGUAAUCGGAUACUCUCAGGUGAGAGCGACGGGACAUAAGAAGCUAAAGGAUAUGAUGACAGUUUGUAAAUCAUGACUAUUUUUAAGUAU